GCGGGAGGAAUCGCUGCAGUUUUUGCAUUUGCCUGGAGAAACAUCCCAGGUUGAGGGUCGAGCAUUACCACUAGCCGCGGUCACCAGCCGAAGCAACGCGCCAACAACCAUGGGCAACUGGGUUUCGCGGUACGUCACCAACCCGGACGGAACUCCGGUGCCGCUCACGCAACCUUCGUUCGAUCCGAACUUUGGCUUUGCUCACGCCCGCAAGGAACGAGUGAUGAUUGCCACCGAGGAGGAAAUGGAAGCGGCCAAGGUGCCGCUGGCCGAUCGGGACUACUGUGCCCACAAGCUGAUCGCGUACCGUGCCUGCCGGGCGGACGUGUGGCCAUGGGCGUACAAAUGUGCCCACGAAAAGCACGAUUACCUCAACUGCGAAUACGAGGAUUACAUCUACCGGAUGAAGGAGUACGAGCGCGAGAAGCGACUGCUGCUGAGAAAACAGAGAAUCGAAAAGAAGCAGGGUUCGGAGCUGCACGCCUAAAACCGGGAGGACACUAUCACCUCUUCUGCCAGCGCCCGAAGAAGCCCUUCCCACUUUCAAACACGUUAAUAUUCUUCUAGUAGCAAGCAAAAUGAUACAAAAA